CACUCCCUGAACACACAGCUUCAGCACUGACCAACAACCAUGGCUGUACAGGACAGUGGCGCUCUGCUCGUCGGACUUCUGCUCCUCUUUCACACCUGGGGAGCAUGGGCUGCUGUGGAGGUGAGCAUGGAGGACAGAGUGGAGGUUUUCAGGGGAGAAACAGCUCAGAUCACAUGCAUGUUCACAUCGGAUGAUGGCGUUGGUGCAUUGAUGAUACAGUGGUCCUACGUGAUCAAGGGGGUUGAGAGGCAGAGGAUCUACUAUCAGGACAGUACCACAAAUGAAGUAGAGCGACGCACACGGUUCACAGAUCGGAUCAGUGUGAAUGGGAACGGAGCCACUGGACAGGUGGUGUUGACCAUCAGGGACGUGCAGCUGGAAGAUGAACUGGAUUUUAUCUGUCAAAUCAAAAGUCUCACAGACGGGCAUGGGGAGGGACUUACUAAGCUGAAGGUGUUUGUAAUACCCGAGCCUCCGACCAUUGAGGCUGUUGGAAAGGGGAUCUCAAUCAAUGAACAAAACCCAUCCAAGAUUGCGACCUGCGAAGUCAUAAAUGGCUUUCCCAGGCCGAAUAUCACCUGGUACAAAAACGGCAUUCCACAGUACAAUGUUCCUGAUGUGGUAAACGUGUUGGCCAGCAGCACUGUUCAAUCCAGUGGCCUUUUUUCAGUGAAGAGUGAGCUGAGCCUGAUGGUGACCAAGGAGGACAAAGAUGCUACAUUCUACUGCGAUGUCUCCUUUUUUGUUCCUGGAGAAACCAGGAUGUUCGAGUCCAAAAAUACUACUAUCACUGUACACUACCCUUCCACUGCCGUCAAUGUGUGGGUGGAGUCACCAAAGGGCAAAAUCAAGGAGGGGGACUCGAUCGAGCUUCACUGCAGUGGCGACGGGAAUACGCCAUCCAUCUUUAAUUUCAAGCACAAAGACGUGGAAUAUGGAGAGUCCAAAACUUUGGUGCUGAAAAAUGUGACUCGUCUACAAACGGGAGAUUAUGAGUGUCACUCUAUGGAUAUGGACACCUAUGAGGAGCUCAACGGGACUGUCAACGUGUUUGUUAACUAUCUUGAUCCUGCUGUGGUGAAACCUGACGGCCCUGCUGAGUUGGCCCAAGGAGCAGAGAUGAUGGCUACCUGCAAUGCCCUUUCUUCUCUGAACACACAGACAACCUGGUUCAAGGAUGGAGUGCAGAUGAUUUCAAAGGGACCUACUUUGAACCUGAAGGAUGCAACGUUGGACACUGCAGGGUCGUAUAUGUGUGUGGUGACUGCCCCUGAGAUUGAGGGAAUGGAAACCAGGGGGAUGCUUGAAGUUUAUGUCCAGAGCCGACCAGAGAUCACAAAGCCAGACAACACGGACAUAGAGGAGAGUUUUGAGAAUAUAGUCAAACUGGAGUGCCAAGCCAGAGGCUUCCCUGUUCCAACCGUCCUGUGGACCACCUCUGAUGGAAAGGUCCUCAAGACGGCUUCCCAAGAAGAAACCAAAGAUGGCGUCCUCCUCAGUGUGACCAGUUUGAAGGUGACGUCUGACAUCAUGGUCUUCUGCAAUGCCUCCAACGAGUACGGCACUGACAUGGUGACAUUCAACAUCAAAGCCACUACACACACCACCACAUCAGCCACCACCACCACCACCACCAUUAGUAGCACUACCACUACCAUUUCCUCUGCCACAGUCAAACCAGAAACAGCUAUCCCACCAAAGAGAAUCAAGAAAGAGGGCAGUGGUGUUAUCAUUGCAGUCAUUAUUAUCUGCAUCCUGCUGCUGGCCAUCUUGGGGAGCGUGCUCUACUACCUCUACAAAAAGGGCAAGAUCUGUGGCCGAUCCGGCAAGCAAGACCUCACCAAAGAGAAAUCCAACAAAGAUAACAUUGUGGUAGAAAUGAAGAGCGACAACACAGAGGAAGCUGUGCUCCUUGGGGUCAAUGGAGAAAAACAACCUACGAGCGACCAGUAAAGAGCGGUGAGUACCUGGACGUGCAGAAGUGAGGAGGUGACUGCAGACAGACAGCUGCUCCUGUUCUUCCCAUUCAGACCUGCCGAUGCCUUCUACUUUCCACCAGAUCUCCUUAUUUUAGAGUUAUGUCAAGGAAUAGCUCGGUUGUCUGUCAGUCGACAUCAUGAUGGACCACUGAGACUCAAGUCGUUUCAAGCUGCAGCCUCUGCUUUCUGUGCUAUCCAGGCACAUUUUUGUUGGAAUGGAACUAGAGCUUUAAGAAGAAGCGAUUUGAGCGCUCCUUGACAUAACUCUGCUAAUUAAUCUUCCACCUUUAAAGAACUGUACCUCUCAUUACUAUGAACUUUGUGUACUGCUGAUCAUCCGUAGAACCAUAUUUAGAGCACAACGUUGACCAGGGACGUUUUUUUUAUAUCCGACUAAGCAUCACCUCAAGCAAUCACUGAAGAGCAGCCUGAAACAGCUUUUUAUCAAGUGUACAUAUUAUAAUCUAUGUAUAUAUUUCUUUAUUUAAAAUAACAUGAUAGAAAAAAAAAUCAACCAAAAAUAAAUUACCAGAUAGUGUUUUAUUCUUUCCUGGCACUCUUGAUAGCAAGGAGGACGUAGGUAGUUUAAGCCAUCUUGUUUUUAUGUUUUGUUUUGUUU